AUGAGGAAGUUUUUAGUAAAGUUAGGCCUGAAACUGAAAACCGUCAGAAUGACUGUGGACAAAACCAACACCCCCAUGCUCGAACGUAACCCAUUCAACGAUAACGUUGAAGUUAUAAAAGCAUUCAAGAGAAGAUGGUAUAUUUUGGCUGUGUACGUUUACUAUGCAACAUUUAGCUGUUUCCAAUGGGUAGAGUAUUCUAUAGUGACCAAUAUAGUGAUGAGGUAUUACAAUGUCAGCUCGACUGCUGUUGACUGGACAGGGGUCAUGUUUAUGAUUGUUUGGCCCAUAUUUGUUUUUCCUUCGUCGUUUUUAAUUGAUAAAUUGGGUCUUAGAUUUGCAGCUUUAACAGGAUGCUUUCUCACGGCCAUAGGUGCCUCCGUCAAACUAUUUUCUGUCCAACCGGAAAAUUUCUACAUUGUCCUUAUUGGGCAAGCCAUAGUGUCGCUAUCCCAAGUUUUCAUUUUGAGCUUGCCACCGAAAUUAGCAGUCACAUGGUUCAAACCCAACGAAGUGUCCACAGUAUGUUCAAUAGGAGUAUUCGGAAUGCAAUUAGGAUCUGCCCUAGGAUUCCUAUUACCACCAAUGAUAGUCAAAGACGAUCCCGAAUUAUUAGUUAUCGGUUCCAGCUUAAAACAAUUAUGCUGGGCAUUGGCUCUCGGUGUGAUUCCUGCUUGUGUUGCAGUAGUUGCAUAUUUUCCUCAUCAGCCAAUAUACCCACCUAGUUUAGCCCAAGCAGAGGAAAGGAAACAAGCCCAAGAAGUCACCAUGAGAACAUUUUUAAAAUCUCUCAAGGAUCUGAUUACUAAUAAAGGAUUUUGCAUUCAGAUGAUGGGUUAUGGUAUAAGUUAUGGAAUAUUUUCAGCUUUUGGAACUUUGCUAAAUCCAUUUGUUUUGUCAUAUUUUCCGGGUGCAGCUGAAGAUGCUGGCCGAAUGGGCUUAGUAAUGAUUAUGUUCGGCAUGACUGGUGGAUUUUUAGUUGGCAUCUUACUUGAUAAAACACAUAAAUAUAAAGAAACAAAUUUUUUCAUUUAUGUUGGAUCAGCUAUAUGUUUAGUAGCAUUGCUGGUUUGUUUGCAAACAAAGUCAAAAAUUCUAGUUUAUUUAACUAUAGCUAUAUUUGGGUUUUUCCUUAAUGCUUACAUUCCUGCUGGUAUUGAAUUUGCUUCAGAGCUUACUUAUCCAGCCAAUGAGAGCACCACAACGGGGUUGAUCACGGCUGUAUCACAAACUUUAGGCGUAACUUUUACUCUGGUUCUCAGUAAUGUCACCGUCAAAUACGGCACCCUAUGGGCUUUGGUUAUCCAAAUUGGUUUACUGAGUAUUGGUACAGUGAUGACAGCUUUGGUACCCAACAAUUUGAGAAGACAAAAAGCUUUCAAUGAAGGCAGAGAUGUUGAAUUCAAGACGAUACCGCAGACUGAAGAUUUUAGUGUAAAAGCUUGA